CCGUUCGCCCUAACUUCUCGUUGCCUCUGGCUUUUUCACACUCUCCUCUUCUCCUCGCGUUGUCUGGUCGGUCUCCAAGGCCCGAUUCAGCUGGCCGGCAUAACAAAUUCCCAUGCCGAGGGGGAGAGACGAACCCGGUUGACUGACCUCGCAUUUGUCGUCUCUGCUGUCUACCAAAAAGGACGGGCCAACGAGGCGUGUCCUUCAUGGGCUCUGACUCGAGCUCAGCAACAGGUCUCGACAGGAGAUGAGGCGAAAUCGACACGCAUACACAUGGUUGCGUCAGUCUGUCCGAGCCUGUUCGGCCGAAUCCGUCCAAUCCCCUAA